UCAGAGGCAGCUCUGUGUCUCUUUCAGGAAGUAAACGCAGAAGAGUAGAAGACAGAAGAGGACAGCAAACAGCUGGACCUGAGUGUGCUGCCACUCGCCACAGGACAUAUGUCAAAGAUAAUAAUGUCCUUAACCGUUUUCACAUCCGUUAACAGAUUCAGGUCCCUCUGCAGACUGCAGAGGAUCCAGGGCCACAUGAUGUCGAGUCAGGUGGAAUCAGGGGUUCUUCUGGAGAAAGUGGGCUGCGCAGGUGUGAUCACCAUAAACAGACCCAAAGUCCUGAAUGCCCUCAACCUGCCCAUGAUCCGACAGAUCUACCCUCAGCUCAAGAAAUGGGAAAAUGACAAUGAAACUGACAUUGUGAUCAUCAGAGGAGCAGGUGGGAAAGCCUUUUGUGCUGGUGGAGACAUCAGAGCGGUCACAGAAGCCGGGAAAGUUGGAGACCCUCUGGCAGAGGACUUUUUCCGUGAGGAAUACGUUCUCAACAAUCUAAUUGGAGCAUGCAGGAAACCAUAUAUCGCCCUUAUUGAAGGAAUAACAAUGGGAGGGGGCGUAGGUCUGUCAGUUCAUGGGAGAUUUCGAGUGGCCACUGAGAAGACGCUGUUUGCCAUGCCAGAGACUGCCAUCGGGCUUUUCCCUGACGUGGGAGGUGGCUAUUUUCUGCCGAGGCUCCGGGGGAAGCUGGGACUGUUUCUUGCCUUGACGGGCUUCCGUCUCAAGGGACGUGACGUGCAGAGAGCUGGAGUUGCCACUCACUUUGUAGAGUCUAAGAAGAUCCUAGAGCUGGAGAAGGAGCUGGUGGACUUGAAGUCUCCCUCUGCUGAAGACGUCUCCAGAGUGCUAGAUUUCUACCAGAACCAGAGUAGUCUGGAUUCUGAGAAGCCUUUUGUGUUGGAAAAGCACGUAUCUGAUAUUGACAGGCUGUUCAGCUCCAGCAGUGUGGAGGGCAUCGUGCAGAACCUGAAGGCAGAUGGCUCAGAGUUCGCUAGCAAACAAGCUGCGACACUGUCCAGGAUGUCUCCCACAUCCCUGAAAAUCACCCAUAAGCAGCUGCAGGCGGGUGCAGAUCUGAGCCUGCAGGACGUGUUGGUGAUGGAGUAUCGACUGAGCCAGGCCUGCAUGAGGGGCUGCGACUUUUACGAGGGCGUACGAGCCGUGCUGGUUGACAAGGACCAGAAUCCCAAGUGGAACCCGUCAACGCUGGAGGAGGUGUCUGAGCAGGCCGUGGAGCAGUGCUUCUCCUCGCUGGGAGAGAAAGAGCUGACUUUCUAGAUGCUUCCCACCUUCAAAAUCCCACUCCACUGAGCCUUCGCCAAGCCUCCUGUCCCUACAUCCCUUUAUGGUCAGUCAUGUGAGAGGACUGUAGUGCUGAAGAUGAGAGAAAGUCUUUUAUUUUAUGACAAGCACAUAGAUAGGUCACAUACUUAAUAGUUUGACUCUGUACUAUUAAAACACUGUGGUGACAUUUUACAAGAAAAUCCAGGCUGCUCCUCUCCAGCUGAGUAUAAGGUCUGAUUCAUGUUCACUGCCAGAAACCUAAAAUAGAAGAAGAAGAGGUAGCUAACAGAUGCCGUGUGUGUCACACAUGAAAAAUGUUUAGUGUAAACUUGCUCUGCAGUGGAAGUGGAGGGUUUUGUUUUUUUUCACAUAAAUUGCAGUAACUCUCUCUUCUGCUGCAAAUGCAGGGAAUCUGCCGCACAGCAGCAUUAGCAGGAGGACAUGGGAGGAGAGAAUGAUCUCACCACUGAGUGCUUUAUUACAUUUCCUGUGGGUGUUUGUUGAUGUGACAUGGAUCGGUAUCAUCUGUAUCUCUGCAGUGCGAUCCCUUCUUCUAAUUCAGAUAAUGUAUUGUCUCUAUUUCUGUUAGUUUUUGUCUUUUUCCAUUUUUCUUUUCAGUGGUAUCUGUACUUUAUCAGAUGUAACAUGGAUUAAAAAACACAUAUCCAAACAGGACAAGGCAGAUUUAGAAUUAUAUUAAUAUUGGUUAACUUCAUCUGUUUUUCAGUCGGUAUCAAAUCACCUCCCUAAACGUUUCAAUAGCUGCAUUAUUUAUGAGACAACCAGUCAGAUUCAGCAUCGAUGCUGGAACAGAGGCCAAUAAAGAGAGUUGGUAAUAAAACAUAAAA